UACACUCUUGGUUUUGGCAGAUUUGAACAGUAGGAGGAAGAAGGAAGUGUUUAUAUCAGGAUUUGAGUCAUCACCUUUGAGCCAAGCAUUAUUGGGAACUCUUUCCGUAGUAAAUUCUUAUAUCUGACUAGGUUUGUUUUGCCUCAAAGCUACAAUGAAAACAAUAUCUAUGUUGUUUAUCGUGCUGGUUUAUUUGUCUGGUGGUGUCAGAGGUCCUCCUCAAGGAGACUCAAAGGAUCUAUUACCAAAUUCUCUAUCUGUAAGAGAUAUGCCAGCACAGAACAUUUCUGCAAAGGACAUUUCAGCACCAGGAGUAUCUACUGGAAAUAAACCAGAAGCAGGAGUAUCUACUGAGAAGGAAACAACACUGGCACCAGGAGCCUCUCCUGAAAAGGAAACGACACUGGCACCAGGAGCCUCUCCUGAAAAGGAAACGACACUGGCACCAGGAGCCUCUCCUGAAAAGGAAACGACACUGGCACCAGUAGACCCAGCUGGAAAGGAAACGGCACCAGAAGACCCAGCUGGAAAGGAAACGGCACCAGAAGACCCAGCUGGAAAGGAAACGGCACCAGUAGACCCAGCUGGAAAGGAAACGGCACCAGUAGACCCAGCUGGAAAGGAAACGGCACCAGUAGACCCAGCUGGAAAGGAAACGGCACCAGUAGACCCAGCUGGAAAGGAAACGGCACCAGUAGACCCAGCUGGAAAGGAAACGGCACCAGUAGACCCAGCUGGAAAGGAAACGGCACCAGUAGACCCAGCUGGAAAGGAAACGGCACCAGUAGACCCAGCUGGAAAGGAAACGGCACCAGUAGACCCAGCUGGAAAGGAAACGGCACCAGUAGACCCAGCUGGAAAGGAAACGGCACCAGUAGACCCGGCUGGAAAGGAAACGGCACCAGUAGACCCGGCUGGAAAGGAAACGGCACCAGUAGACCCGGCUGGAAAGGAAACGGCACCAGUAGACCCGGCUGGAAAGGAAACCCAUGGCACACGUGAUGAGGCAGAGAGCAGUCACUUCUUUGCUUAUCUUGUGUGUUCAGCUGUGUUGGUGGCAGUGCUCUACAUUAGCUACCACAAUAAGCGGAAGAUCAUUGCCUAUUGCGUCGAGGGAAAGAGGUCGAGAUCGGGACGUCGGCCCAAAGGCGCAGAGUACACCAAGCUGGAACAGAAUUAGUGAAGAAUGUCAUGAAGUCAUUGCCAGAAAACUGUGGAUAUAGGUGUUAAGAUGAAAUAAGGCACCAAACUGAUUCCUGGGGAAAGAAGACUUGCUUGGUUUAAUCAAAACAUAUAUAUUUUUUUUACAAAUGGGUAUUACUUAAUAGAUGUUUGUCUUUGGAUGCUUAUUGCAUGACUAUGCAGAGGAUACUGUUGCUGAGAAAGAUAAGCAUGCUUGUGUUUGCACUCUUGUGUUAUUGUGGUACUUUGGGGCAUCCUUUGUUCUCAGUCAGUCCAUAAUACCUUGAUGUACUGACUAAAUUUGGCAGAAGUAAAUUGGGCCUGGGUAGGCUAGUGCGAAAAUUAAUGCACGUGCAGGGCUCUCCCAAGGAUUUGAGCUAUCUAGCAUGCGAAGGGGGGCAUUAUGUAAUUUAUGUUCUUUCUAAAGAGGGACAUUUUUAUUUAUUUAACUAGGCAAGUCAGUUUAUGAACAAAUUCUUAUUUACAAUGACUGCCUACCCCAGCCAAACCCGGACGAUGCUGGGCCAAUUGUGUGCAGCCCUAUGGGACUCCCAAUCACGGCCAGAUGUGAUUCAGUCUGGAUUUGAACCAGGGGCUGUAGUGAUGCCUCUUGCACUGAGGUGCAAUGCCUUAGACCGCUGCGCCACUCAGGACCCAAAAAUAGCUGAUCUGUCCCAAACUUUUCAUGGUCUCAACAAAGCUGUCCUUUGAGGGCUUUAGGUAGGGUAGACAUUUUGGCAAAAUUAAGAGUUGAUUAACAUUCCGAGGAAUGUAGAAGAUAAAAAUAUUAUCCAAUUGAAGAAUAUCUAAGACUGAGCCAGUGUAUAUUUCUCUCCUGUGGCUGCGUCCUAAAUGAUGACUAUAUUUCUACCCAGGGCCUUGUUUCACAGAGAACUUUCCGUACAAUGUGCUUUUCAAUAGUUGAGUAUAUGGCAAAUGGAAGUAGUCAUUUUGCACAGAUCCUUUUUGUAUGCUGGACCAAUUUAAGCUAAAUUGGAUUAGAAAUGACAUUUUCUACUAUACUUGCCGUGGUUGGUCACUGUCACAACAAUGCAAAUGUUUUUCUUUUUUGGUGGGAGUUGAAAUGAAUAAAAUGUAUUUAACAAUU